UGCUCCAGUCCGGUCGCAUGUGUCAUCAUCGGCGUGCUGCGAAACCUCGCUGCUAUGUGACUCGCCAAGAAAACUUAGUUGAUUUUUUUUUUUUGGUUGGUGGGAAGAGAGGGUAGAAAUUGGGACUAUAGUUGUUGUGUUUGCAAUAUCGGGGAGAUAAACGUUAGGACGGACUGAGAGGGGGUCUCGGAAGUGGAGCGUGGCAUUGAAAAGAGAGAGAGAGAGAGAGAGAAAGGGGAGGGGGGCUUUUUUCCCCUGUGUGUACCAGAUAGCUUGCUUGUUAGCCACGAAGGGGACUGAAUAUGGCGGAACAUCACCCAAUUUCCGACAACAAACACAAAUCUUCCCUCCACGUAGGAGCAUCUUACUCGGGGAACGGUCGCAGCAGCACGGCGCUGGCCGGAGAGAGAGGCGGCGCCGCCGGUGGAGGUUUGUCGGGCGGGCUGGCGCAGCCGGCCGGGUGGCAGUCCCUGCUGUCGUUCACCAUCCUGUUUCUGGCCUGGUUGGCAGGUUUCAGCUCCAGGCUCUUCGCUGUCAUUCGCUUCGAGAGCAUCAUACACGAGUUUGACCCCUGGUUCAACUACAGGUCAACUCACCACCUCACCACCAAUGGCUUUUACGAGUUCCUCAACUGGUUUGAUGAGAGAGCCUGGUACCCUUUGGGCAGGAUAGUGGGAGGCACGGUGUACCCAGGGUUGAUGGUGACGGCAGGCCUCAUUCACUAUGUGCUCAACUUGCUCCAUAUCACAGUGCACAUCCGAGACGUGUGUGUGUUCCUUGCGCCAGUGUUCAGUGGUCUGACCUCCAUCUCCACCUUCCUGCUGACGCGUGAGCUGUGGAAUCAGGGGGCGGGGCUGCUGGCAGCCUGCUUCAUUGCCAUCGUCCCCGGCUACAUUUCCCGCUCUGUGGCAGGGUCCUUUGACAAUGAGGGCAUCGCCAUCUUCGCCCUGCAAUUCACCUACUAUCUCUGGGUGAAGUCGGUGAAGACGGGGUCAAUCUUCUGGACUAUAGGAUGCUGCCUUUCUUAUUUCUACAUGGUAUCAGCAUGGGGUGGUUAUGUCUUCAUCAUCAACCUUAUUCCGCUACAUGUGUUUGUUCUGCUGCUUAUGCAGCGCUACAGCAGGAGAGUCUACAUAGCCUACAGCACCUUCUACAUCAUUGGUUUGGUCCUCUCGAUGCAGAUCCCCUUUGUGGGAUUCCAGCCAAUCAGGACCAGCGAACACAUGGCUGCAGCAGGUGUGUUUGUGCUGCUUCAGGCUUAUGCCUUCCUGCAGUACCUGAAAGACAGGCUGACUAAACAGGAGUUCCAGACUCUGUUCUUCCUGGGAAUCUCUCUGGCUGCUGGGGUGGUUUUCCUCACCGUCAUUUACCUGACAUACACAGGGUACAUUGCUCCAUGGAGUGGACGCUUCUACUCCCUGUGGGAUACUGGCUAUGCCAAGAUCCACAUUCCUAUAAUAGCGUCAGUUUCCGAGCACCAGCCCACCACCUGGGUCUCCUUCUUUUUUGACCUCCAUAUCCUUGUCUGCACCUUCCCAGCGGGCCUCUGGUUCUGUAUCAAGAACAUCAACGAUGAACGUGUCUUUGUGGCACUAUAUGCUAUCAGUGCGGUGUACUUUGCCGGUGUGAUGGUGCGUCUGAUGCUGACCCUGACUCCGGUGGUGUGUAUGCUGUCUGCUGUGGCCUUCUCUAGUGUGUUUGAGCACUACUUGGGAGAUGACAUGAAGAGGGAGAGCCCCCCCGCUGAGGACAGCAGUGAUGAGGACGACAGAAAGAACUCGGGGAACCUCUACGAUAAGGCCGGUAAGGUACGUAAACACGUCUCGGAGCAGGAGAAGGCAGAGGAAGGCCUGGGGCCCAACAUCAAGUCUAUAGUCACCAUGCUGAUGUUGAUGCUGCUGAUGAUGUUUGCUGUUCACUGCACCUGGGUCACCAGCAACGCUUACUCCAGUCCCAGUGUGGUGCUAGCCUCAUACAACCAUGAUGGUUCCCGUAACAUCCUGGAUGACUUCAGGGAGGCCUACUAUUGGCUGAGACAGAACACAGACGAGCACGCCAGGGUCAUGUCUUGGUGGGACUACGGCUAUCAGAUAGCAGGAAUGGCCAACAGAACCACGCUGGUAGACAAUAAUACAUGGAACAACAGUCAUAUAGCACUGGUGGGCAAAGCUAUGUCAUCUAAUGAGAGUGCAGCCUAUGAAAUAAUGAGGUCCCUGGAUGUUGACUAUGUCCUCAUCAUCUUUGGAGGUGUGAUUGGCUACUCGGGUGAUGACAUCAACAAGUUCCUUUGGAUGGUGCGAAUCGCAGAAGGAGAGCACCCCAAAGACAUCAGAGAAAGUGACUACUUUACUCCCCAGGGAGAGUUCAGAGUGGAUAAAGCUGGCUCCCCCACACUACUCAACUGCCUUAUGUACAAGAUGUCUUAUUACCGCUUUGGGGAGAUGCAGCUGGACUUCCGAACUCCACCGGGUUUUGACCGGACACGCAACGCUGAGAUUGGCAACAAGGACAUUAAGCUGAGACACCUGGAAGAAGCCUUCACUUCAGAGCACUGGCUGGUCAGGAUCUACAAGGUCAAGAAGCUGGAGAAUAGAGACCAUGCCAAGCACAACCUUCGAUACACAGACACCACCAAGCAGAAGUACACCUCCAAAAAGACUGCCAAGAGGAAGCGUGGCUAUGUCAAGAAUAAGCUUGCCCUCAAGAAAGGCAAGAAACUGACCAAGAAAUCUUUAUAGGACGUCCCACACCAACAGAGGCACACGGCAAAGAGAGAGAGGAAAAAUUGUACAUCAAAUAAAAACUUUCAACAACAGCAACAAGCAGCAACGUCAGUCCACCAGUUAAGAUGAGUGCAAAACACCAGAGGUUCUCCUGACGCAUGUCACCCCAAGCGCUCUUGCCUGAGGUCCGGGUUGGAAAACCACCGCCACUUAGGAAACAGGAGAUUGCAUUGAACCCCAACCAGCCUUUGACUCAAUGAGGAGGAGGGGGAGAUGCCGGCUAGUCUGAGAUCUUCCCAAUGUUGGUUUUAACCUGAGGAACUAUGACCUUUGACUCUCAUUUCUUUUUGUACUUGAAUGUGCUGCUGAUUGAUAUGAGGCAUAGAAGGAAAGUGAGGGGGGGAUUAGUUGUCUUUCCACCGGAGAUUUGGUUCAAGAGCGCCCAUUGUGUUGCACUGUGCAGAUAAAGGUAAAAGCCCUGUAGCGCUGUAUACAUAAGGCCAUGUUGAAAUGGCAGGGAAUGCUCAGCUUCGUUCUGCGUGCGAUAGUCCUGUCUGCAUUGUUGAAAUGAAUUGGACAGGCCUCAAAAUGGCGCAGGACUGGGUUUCCCAAAAGCAUUUUAUCCCCGUGGCAAAUUACUGAGGAAAAAUAUCUUGUAAUUAAGGUGCUUUUAGGAAACAAGGCCAAGAAUCAAGGUAUAUGAAUAAUGUUGGUCUGUGAAUUUUGAUUUUGAUUUGUGAAGGUAGACAUCUCAACUGACAUCGUAGUUUUCCAAAAAUAAUUCUAGUGCUAGUCCCAUUUUUACGUUUUUUUUUAUCAUUAUAGUCAAACCAUUUUUGUUGUUUCAUCAUCUCUGGCUUGAUCUGAAUAAUUUAUAGACCUUGAUCAGAACAGGGGCACAAGUAUGUUGCUCACAGUCUAGCUCAGUUCAUCUCAGUGUGCACCACAGCACAGCGGGGCAUUUAAAUCAGUCCAGCAAUACUGGAAACUGGACCCAACGUCACCCAAUACAUCCCAUGGAAUUUUUAUUUCUGGUUUUCAGGGCGAGAAUUUUAAACUUUUAAAUAAAAGCGGAGAGCGUUAAUGCUCAAAAAGCUAAUAAAAUAUGGUGUGUUUAUUUCAACAAGACAGUAAAUUCAGAGGGUUUUUUUCUUUCUACAAACGAUUUCAUUUCAGUUGUGUUAAAGGUGUGGAGUUUUAAUUUCACUAAACCUCCUGGUUUGUUGAAGCUGGGUGUGAUUAAGUAACCUCGACACAAAAAGGCCUGGGUCCACCAAGCUUCUCCUGUUUGUUUUUUGUAUUAUUUUUUUGUUCCUUAGCAUACAUGGUGUGUGCUUCUGUAAUGACAGCUGAGCCCAAUUUAAAAGUGUAACACCCAUUUUUGCUAAAGUGGUAUUGCUAUUAAGCUUUCAUUACCCAGGGUGCUUAGCUCUCCAGGAAAAAAAAAUCAACUCUCACCGCUGUUGGAAGUGCAUCAAGGCCUUUCUUUCCUUUCCUUUUGAAAGCAAUGAGGAAAGCGCCCCCCUUCUGUAGGGCUCCUUGGUGCACAACCAGCUGAGAAGCCUUUACAAAGCACCUGCUGCCAUUCUCUCCAGUGUUGAUCUUUGUUCAGUCACUCUGCCUCCAUAUCCUAUUUGGUGUUAUGAAGCCCCCCCCAUGUUACAGAUAUGUGAUACGUAAACCUGAUUGCAGGAUUACAACUACUGCACAUUAUCUGCUCCUGUUGUCAUCACGGAAUACAUUUACGUCAUUGACCCUCGCCAUUGUUGUUCAGCAGCAGCUGCUUUCUUUUCCCAAGGGAUGGGAUGUGUUUUAACAGAGGUUUCUAAAGGGGCCUUACACUCAAAUCAAUUAGAGCCGAUACUGUCGAGCAUCUUGUUUCUUUGUUCCUAGAUUACAUCUCCACCCAUUCGGAGCACGUGUUUGUCAUAUAAUUGACGGCUCACAUCAAACUGUACCUUGUUACACGGCUGAUCCGUUAUAAUUUGAGUGUAACUUGUUCCUUCCCAGAAAUGACCUUUUCACUAUUUUUUUCUUGCCUUAUUCAGUUUCUCCUGUGAAAUACAACUUUCACAUAUCCGACUUGUGUGAGCCUGCUUUGAUCCUGUCGUGGAGGUGUUGUCAGGGGAAUGCUUACAUAAGUAAGUCCAGCUAAAGAGGAUUGUAUUGGCCUUAUCAGCCCAACCAUCAGAAUAUCAUAUCGCUGUUUCCUGAGCUCAACUGAGACUUUUGAGUGCAUUUCAUCACGUGGACGAAGGAGGCUGUGUUGGCCGAGACGGGCGUCACGUCUUUUCUCAAAUUGUACGGAUUUUAUUUUGAUUUUCUAAGUCAAGGUUUCUUCCAUCAAUUGUAAUGAUCUAGAUGCUGGCAAGAGAAAGAAAGAUGCAUUUUUGAAUAAAGAGAUUGAAUUACA